UAUUUUCGUACAUAUUUAACUCUUACCAAAAUGUCGGAAAUCAUUAACUUCUGGACAUAAAAUUAACUUACCAUUUUGUUGUUGUUCAAAAAUAUGGCUGAAGUGGAUGACAUGCAACAAAAUGGAGGAACAACCAAAACUGUAGAACAAGUUCUUCACUCUAAGAAUCCAACACCUUGGAAUAAAUCAUCGGUGAUAGGAAGGGUUCAUAAUCAAGAACAUGACCACUUGCACCUUGGAAAGAAAUUAUCUAUUCUUGCCAAAGUAAAAGAGAAGGCUAAAAAAUGGCGACAAACUAUAGUAAAAAAGAAAUAUGGACGGGAUGGUAAUCAUACACCUUCGUGGGGUGUUGUUGCCUUGGAAGAUUAUGAAGUUGCAGAAGAACCUAAGGAUCUUGGAUGUCUAGCAAAUGAAUCACAAGAUACACCCAAGGGCUCCAAAGAAACUAUCGGCCAACUUCAAAGAGCAGGUCUAUUGAUAUCUGAUGGUCAGGUGGGACACAAGCUUCCUACAAUGAUAAGGAGGACAACUAGACAUGCUUUGGGUAAAAGCCACUCCGAAAAUCUAGGAGGGAACUCAUCAUUAGCUGGAGUGACAAUUGAUGAGGCUCCUCGUGCCCUGAGCUUAGGAAAUCAUUUAAGAGAAAGUCAUCCUAGUCCGAGUAAGUUCACACUCGAUACAAUGAUUGCCAAAAGGAAUUCCUUUAAGCAUAAAGAUAAGUUGUCUUAUCCUGAAAAGACAACAGAAACUAUGCUUACUGAAACAGAUGUCAUUAAGGAAAAGGAAGAGCAUUCUAGUAACAUGAAAUGCACUACUCAAAAUGUGAUUUCCGAAAACACUACUUUUGAGGCAAUAAAGGAUCCUUCAAGUCCCAAGAAGGACAAUGAAGAGGAGGGGGAAAGGCCUCAUAGUCUCACGAAGACCAUUGAAACUAGGGGUGCGGAAAACAUCUAUUCCACAAAAGAGCAAGAGCAACAAUAUCCAACUACCAAGAAGACCAUACCUAAAGCUACGUUUGAGAAGUUGGCACCAAAUUAUGCCAAUGUUACAGAAGAAACAUACAAUAUCACAUCAAAUAUCCAAAAAUUGUAUAUUUCAAGCCCUCGGAGCACUGGAGAUAAGCAUAUGUCGGACAAAGGUGUUUCAGUCAAAGAGUAUUUGAAAAUUAAGUUAGAGCCCGGGGAAGAUGAAAGGGCACUAUCUCAGGUAAUUACUGAAGUAAUUAGUCCUAGGAGGAGUCCCACUGAAAAGGGUGUUGUGGAGAAAGUAAAAACGGCUGUAACUAUGUUGCUUCAUACUGAUGAUCCAUCUGUCGCUUCAACAAAUAGUUCAGGGCCAUAUUCUAAGAUCCCAGCGUCCACCAAUUCUCAAGAAGUGCAUGCAGUUAAGGAAGAAAACCAAGGAAAGGUUCUACAAGCUAAUUAAAAAGUUCAUAUAUCUCUUCUUCUACGCACUCUCUCUUCUUUCGUGUGUGCGGAAGUUCGAAAAAUGAAUUAAACCGUGCAAAUAUUCCGCUCUUCAAAAUUUUGUUGCUAAUUCCAUAAUAUAUACCCAUGUUCUUCCACAACAUUACAGUUUUAGUUUCCCGGGAAUGUUUUUUCUUGCAAUGUAUGAGGUUUAAUCAAUUGUAAGGUAUUGCCAAAUACUCAUUUGAUGUUGUGCUUAAAGAUCUAUUGUAAGUGAUACUUGAAUUUUGAUCUGUAUUGUUUUAGUAUCUCUACAAUAGUUCAUGAAACCUUUACUAUCUCUAUUACUAUCACUACUAUGUAUUAUAACCUGUACUUUGUAAUAGAUUUGUAUUUUAUUA